GAGAGGUACAUCGGAAUGUGGCACGAAGACCAGAGACACGGACGGGAAUUGUGGUCACGCAGUCCGGCGGAUGCUAUCAAAGGAUGUUCCACGUGGAUAAGAUGGUGGGCUCUGGGACUCUUCUGCUGGAAGAUGACUCUGUCUAUGAGGGGAACUUCACACCGGAUUUAACUUUUGUCGGAAAGGGGAAACUGACCUUCCCGAAUGGCUUCACCCUGGAAGGGACCUUCAGCAACAAAUCCAGCCAAGGCCUGCGGACCCAAGGGAUCCUGGACACCUCUGGAGAACAACCGGAUCAACACAUGACCAAGCUCCAGCUGGGCCAGAAGGAAUUCCCUGUGGAGAGGAGAUGGGAAGCCCUCUUCAGCCAGUUCCUGGCGUUCCUCCGUUCCGGAUGUCGAGGAGAAACAGAGGAGGCUUUCAUGGGUUUCCACGUCCAGACGAGCAAAGAGCUGAGGAAGUCUCAGGAGUACCUGUUUUGCGAAAGAGAAAAUGAAGAUGUUCCAGUAAAGGUGCAUGUCCUUGGAGAACUAAUUGUCCACCAGGAGCAGGGGACCUUACAAAGCUAUUUGGAACAGGCUUUCCAGAAUUCUCUGCACCCCUUAGGAAAGCUGCUGAAGAUGCUGACUUUGGUCUUCCAGGCCACCUACUCGACAAUUGGAGCUAACAAGCACCUGCUGACCAUGGCUCAAGAGGAGGUCAAGCAUUAUGCCAUGAAAAUAUGGGAAUUCUACCAGGGCUUGCUGCGUCUUGCCUUGGAGCGCAAAGGUGGGCCGUGCUCUGACAGCUUGGAGAACAGUGGCUUGAAUGGACCCAAUGCCAUCCUUCCUCUCAUCCUGCCGUACUUCUAUCCGGAUCUUUUCAUGCUGUACAUGGUUUACCACGAGAAGGAGGAUGACCUCUACUGCCAGGGGAUUGUUGAUCUGAGUCAGGAAACAGAUGUGAAGCUUUUGGAGUUCCUGGAUGUCCGGAAACACUUCUGGCCCCUCAAAGACCUUCCACUAACCAAGCACCAGAGACGGUCCCUCGUCAAAGACCGGUGCUUCCUCUCCGCUACUGACUGUCUAAGGAAUCUAAUCACAACCGUUGACCCCCAGGAAAAACUGGACAUCCUCCAAAAGACAUACAAUGAGAUUGCAAAAACAAUCUCUCGGCUGCUGGGGGAGGAGUUUAACCCAUCGAUGGACGAUCUGCUGCCGCUCCUGAUGUAUGUGGUGACUCGAGCCAGGAUACAACGUUUAGGAGCAGAACUACACCUGAUCAGAGAUCUGAUGGAUCCAACAACCUCUGGAGGCAUGCAUGACUUCCUACUCACGGCACUGGAGUCCUGCUAUGCACUUAUCCAGAAAGAAAUACAAUACCACCAGAGCUGGCACGCAUCGCAGGAUUCUUGAAUGUGGCACAUCAGAAUCAUCCUCGCACAUUCAGACUAGCCACUGUGUUGCAGCUUCCAUCUG